GAGGGUUUAAAGAGCGCCUCCGACGAGGCCGCGCAGCUGGAGCGACCAAGCGGUGCCAGGCCAGGUGUGCGCGUCCGUGGGUCCUUCCGUGCAGGUGCCGGAGACCAGCCCUGGAGGCCGCCCGGGCCCGUCCCUGUGCCCGGCACCAUGAAGCAGGAGUCCGCAGCCCAUAAUACCCCGCCCUCCUCACCACCCCCCUUGCAGCCUCCUCAGGACGACAGCGACCCCCAAGCCCUGUGGAUUUUCGGGUACGGCUCCCUGGUGUGGAGGCCCGACUUCGCCUACAGCGAUAGCCGUGUGGGCUUCGUGAGAGGCUACAGCCGCCGCUUCUGGCAGGGAGACACCUUUCAUCGGGGCAGCGACAAGAUGCCUGGUCGUGUGGUGACCCUCCUUGAAGAUCAUGAGGGCUGCACUUGGGGUGUGGCGUACCAGGUGCAAGGUGAGCAGGUGAGCGAAGCCCUCAAGUACCUGAAUGUGCGGGAGGCAGUGCUCGGUGGCUAUGAUACCAAGGAGGUCACCUUCUACCCCCAAGAGGACCCUGACCAACCACUCAAGGCAUUGGCCUAUGUGGCCACCCCACAGAACCCUGGUUACCUGGGCCCUGCACCCGAGGAGGCCAUUGCUACACAGAUCCUAGCCUGCCGAGGCUUCUCCGGCCACAACCUGGAGUACUUGCUACGCCUGGCAGACUUCAUGCAGCUCUGUGGGCCCCAGGCACAGGACGAGCACCUGGCAGCCAUUGUGGAUGCUGUAGGCACCAUGUUGCCCUGCUUCUGCCCCACCGAGCAGGCUUUGGCACUGGUCUGAGGGGCUGAGCCCCUGCAGGGAGUGCCUACAUGAACACAGGGGCCAGGUCCCCACUCCAGUGCACAGACAUACUUGAUACAGCUGGAGCCCACUGAGAGGACUCGGUGGCUGGCUGGGGGCCUUUCUUAAGCCCCUCCCUGUCUGCCAGCCCCCAGCUCUCCUGCCUGACACUCACUGACUUACUACUUGAAACUUUAUUUAUUGCACCAUGUUGGUGUGGUGGGCAGGGUAGGGGGCCUGCCCUGGACACAGGGGCCCUGCUGAGCGGUGCCCCACCCCAGGCACCUGAUGCCUGACCAGAUUCCCCCCAGUGCUGCUGCUAACCCCAUGGUACCCAGGCCCCCACCUCCCUAGGGAGCCUCCAAGAGCCUUGACACUCCUCUGCCCUCUACCCCAGACCAACCAUUUCCUAGUCCCAGAAAUACCACCUGCUAAAAGCCCCAGCCUGCUGGUGAGGGAUAGGAGGGAGUGAAGAGAGGGGGCCCUACAAGAACUGAGGUCCCUGCCAGCCCUGCUCAUCCCCCAGGUCCCCAGGGCACAGCUGGAUCUGGAGCCCAGACACAGCUGAGUCUGGACAUGGGCCUGUCACCUAUUUGGCCUUGUUUUCCUGUCCCUCUGUAUGUCUGUCUGGGUCACUCCUGUCUGUCAGUCUGGGAAGCUCAUCACUACAGGCCUUGGUACUUCUUAGUCUGUCCCAUACUAUUAUCCAUAAACUGAUCUCAUUAUC